AUGGCGUUCCUUCUCAAGUACUUCGGAGGCCGUGGUUCAACUUCUAUGCAACAACCUUCCGCAACAAUAGAAGAUCUAUGCCAUCGCUUUUCUCUUGCCCAACUUCGAAAAUCCACCAACCACUUUGACAGACGCCUGAUAACCCAUACAGACAACUUUUAUCGGGCGUACAAGGGCUGCAUCUCCAUCAAUGGCGAACUGAAAGAUGUUAUAGUGGAGCGGUUCCGAAGAGGCGGGCACUCAGUCUUGCAAUUGGUUAAGAACAAUAUCAUAUAUAGGUGCCGGCUACACCACCCGAAUGUGGUGUCUCUGGUUGGAUUUUGCGAUGAUGAAAAUGAAAUGAUCGUGGUCUAUGACUACGCCCCAAACCUAUCACUCUAUGAUCAACUCAAUAGCAAGUCGGCAACAAUCUCGUGGAAGAAAAGACUAGAAAUCAGUAUAGGGGUGGCGCGUGGAUUACACUACCUUCACUCCGGAACCAAACGCACCCUCAUUCAUCGCGAUAUAAGACCGCUUGCCAUUCUUCUGGACGAGAAUUGGGUUCCCAAACUCAGAUUUUGCUGGUUCUCUUUAAAAGGACCAAAGUUUUCAGAAAAGGAUGUGAGGCCUAUACAGGCAAUUGUUAGAGGUACUACUGGAUACAUCGCUCCUGAGUCCCUUAAACACGCUAACGUCACGCAUAAAAGUGACGUCUAUUCUUUUGGGGCACUUUUGUUACGACUAAUUUGCGGAAAGGAAUUGCGUAAUUUGGCAGAAACGGGACGUGCUGAGGGAAUUAUUGAUCAGAGUUUGAUGGGAGAAAUAGCAGCGGAGUGCUGGAAAUUGUAUAUGGACAUCGCAGAGAGUUGCUUGAGUUUCGAUCCCGAUGAGAGGCCAGAUAUGGGAGAAGCUGAAGUGCUACUUGAACGGGCAUUGCAACUACAAGAGGAAGCAGAUCACAACCUUGCUUUUCAUGCUUCUUGAUUUAAUUUCUCUUCUUGUUUGAAUCUUUCAUGCUUACUCUUCUGCUAGAAAAUACUUGUUUGUGUCUCUUAAUUAACAGGUUAUUUAGAUGUAACCUCUCAUAAUCCUUUUUUAAUACUAUUGCCAGUCUCUCGAUGUCUUGUUCAUAGUAUAUUACUAAACAAGACUGUACUCCCACACUACGCAAAG